AUGGCCAUUGAAGAAUUGCCUGAAUCCAUUGGAUCUUUAAAGAAGCUCGAGACUCUAGAUGCCUCUUAUUGUGCAUUGUUAGCCCGCAUGCCCAACUCAAUAGGCCAUUUAGCAUCUCUGUCUCGACUUGAUCUAAGAGAAUGCAAGAAACUUCCUCAACUUCCAGACUCCAUAGGCUCCCUUGUGUCUCUAUCUUGGUUGUCAUUGUCGGGAUGCCACUCAUUAAGACAAAUCCCAGACUCGAUUGGAAAGUUAACAUCAUUGAUUGAGUUGCGUUUGGAAUCUAUGGCUAUUGAAGAAUUGCCUGAAUCCAUUGGAUCUUUAAAGAAGCUCAGGACUCUAGAUGUCUUUUAUUAUGCAUCGUUAGCCCACAUGCCCAACUCAAUAGGCGAUUUAAUAUCUCUGUCUCAACUUAACCUAAAAGAAUGCAAAAAACUUGCUCAACUUCCAGACUCCAUAGGCUCCCUCGUGUGUCUAUCGCGGCUGUCAUUGUCGGGAUGCCACUCCUUGAGACAAAUCCCAUACUCGAUUGGAAAGUUGACAUCAUUGAUUGAGUUGCAUUUGGAAUCUAUGGCCAUUGAAGAAUUGCCUGAAUCCAUUGGAUCUUUAAAGAAGCUCAGGACUCUAGAUGCCUUUUAUUGUGCAUCGUUAGCCCGCAUACCCAAUUCAAUAGGCGAUUUAGCAUCUCUGUUUCGACUUAACCUAAAAGAAUGCAAAAAACUUGCUCAACUUCCAGACUCCAUAGGCUCCCUCGUGUGUAUAUCGCAGCUGUCAUUGUCGGGAUGCCACUCCUUGAGACAAAUCCCAGACUCGAUUGGAAAGUUGACAUCAUUGAUUGAGUUGCGUUUGGAAUCUAUGGCCAUUGAAGAAUUGCCUGAAUCCAUUGGAUCUUUAAAGAAGCUCGAGACUCUAGAUGCCUCUUAUUGUGCAUCGUUAGCCCGCAUGCCCAACUCAAUAGGCGAUUUAGCAUCUCUGUUUCGACUUAACCUAAAAGAAUGCAAAAAACUUGCUCAACUUCCAGACUCCAUAGGCUCCCUCGUGUGUCUAUUGCAGCUGUCAUUGUCGGGAUGCCACUCCUUGAGACAAAUCCCAGACUCGAUUGGAAAGUUGACAUCAUUGAUUGAGUUGCGUUUGGAAUCUAUGGCUAUUGAAGAAUUGCCUGAAUCCAUUGGAUCUUUAAAGAAGCUCAGGACUCUAGAUGUCUUUUAUUACUCCAUAGGCUCCCUUGUGUCUCUAUCUUGGUUGUCAUUGUCGGGAUGCUACUCAUUGAGACAAAUCCCAAACUCGAUCGGAAAGUUGACAUCAUUGACUAAGCUGCAUUUGAAAUCCACCGCCAUUGAAGAACUACCUGAAAGCAUUAGAAGUAUGCAGAACUUGAGGAUGUUGGACAUUUGUGAAACUCCUAUAAUAGAACUACUUGAUGACCGGGGAAUAUUGGCAGAACUCCAAGGGUUAAGAGCUUUAGGAUGGAAAAAUCUAGAAGGGCCAGCUAGUAAUAAUGGCCAAUUGGUUUCGCCAAACAAUCUUGAUUUAGACAAGUAUCAAAAACUAUAUGAGCUGCGCUCUCGCAUACUAGCUCUAGGUAUCACUUACUAG